AUGCCGGGUUGGGCCUGGCGGGGGCUCUCCCUCCUCCGUCAGCCAUUCGUUGGGCGCCCAUCCCGCCGGUUCCUCCUCCUGCCCAGUUACCACGGGGAUGCCAGGGCCUUCCUCCUCACCACUGGCAGAGGCAGAGGCAGCGGCAGCGGCAGCGGCAGCGCCAAGUCGACUCCACCCUGCUCGAUGAACGAACUGACUGCUGCAGCUGCCGUCCCUCGCAGCGGAAGAACUACUCUCCCGGCUCUCCACCUCCUAACCACCUCCUCUAGAGCAUCCCCCGAUAUACUUCUCCCUUCCCCGCCUCCCCCAGUAUCAAUCUCCUGCUCUCGGAUUCGUCAAUUCCCCUACCUCUCCCCUCUCUACUCUACCCCUCCGAGGACCGCGGGGAAGACCCUUAUCCCUCCAUCCGGCCGUCAAACCAGCGGUCGCCCCUCCAAAGAAAAAUAA